AUGAUUGGCGAGAUACUCAGAGGGGAUGCGGAGAUGGCCGUAGCACCACUAACUGUGAACUUCCGCCGUUCAGAAGUGGUUUCCUUUACAAAGCCUUUUCUUUCACUUGGGAUCAGCAUAUUGUACAAGGUGCCAGACGACCACCAACCUGAUCUAUUUUCAUUCCUCAAUCCCCUCUCAUGGCAGAUUUGGCUAGCUAUUCUAGCAGCGAUCGCAUGUGUAACAUUGGGAAUGUACACGGUAUCGCGAGUGACGCCAUACGAGUGGAACUUGAACUUCUCGUGUUGCACGGCUCAUCAGCCUCAUCCUGGUGCCGCCUUUGUGAAUUCACCUGUGGAACUUUCCAAUAACUACAGCUUUUGGAACACAUUAUGGUACGUGACAAGCACCAUGCUGAAGGGAGGAUGCGAUUUUGGUCCCCGAGCCGUGUCAACCAGACUUCUGGGA